UAGGGUAUGUCUUAAAACCACUUACAGUUGUUAAAAUUCGAAAUCGAUUUUUUCAAUAGUUUUGCUGUUUAAAUUAAGAAAAUUUGAUGGGUUUAUCGGCUUAAUCAGUCCGUGUAUACUAGCAAAAACGAUUUGUUUUUUUCUUAUUCCGACAGUUUCGGUGACUUUAUUUCACCUUUUUCAAGGAGUAAAAAGGAUAAUCGUUCUAUUGUUAAGUGUGUUGGUGUCCAACAUCGGUUGUCUGGUGUGUAUUACAAAUGGCGUCCCACUUUGGUGCAUGUGUACCUAUUUUUGUGUGCUACACUGUAUAAGCUUCUAAAGCACAACAAUUCUGGAUCAUAACAAUUCUUCAAAUAUCCUUCAAGCAAAUUCAAAUAGAAAAUUCAAGCAAAGUAAUUCAGUAGUAACAAUUAGCUUCCAUCUAGCAGGUAAAAUGACAAUGGUGGCAAAAGAAUUUCAAUUUUCACUACGCCUGGAAGACCGGGACGAGCAGUUGUACAACAAUGAGUAUUUUUCGGACGUAACCUUCUUGGUAGGUGACAACGGUGAACCGAUUUACGGCCACAAACUCAUACUAACGCUAGCUAGCGAAGUAUUUUACGCACAGUUCAACGGCCAAUUUAAAGAAGCUCGACAGAGCGACGAACCGAUCAUUGUGACGGAUAUACAGCCUCCAAUUUUCCGGGAUGUUCUGCGCUAUAUGUACUGCCAGAAGAUUGAUCUCUCCGAGGAUAAUCUAAUUGAAGUUUAUUAUGCUUCACAAAAGUACCUUCUGAGUGGGCUCAAUAAAUUGUGUGAACAGUUUUGCACAUCCAAGAUCAAUGAAAGCAAUGUCAUGAAGUUUUUAAAUGAAAAUACAAAGCAUGAGUUCGAGGUCGUAAAUAAAAAUUGCUUAGCAGUGAUUUGCGACAACCCGCUAGUCUGCUUUGAGCAUGUUGGUUUCCUAAACCUUAAGAAAAAGGUUCUUGAAAUGAUUGCAGGCAGUGCGAGGAUCAACUGCAGCCAGGAACAAUUAGAAACAGCGAUCGUAAAAUGGGCCAAAGGCGAUGAGUCACGGGCAGAUGAUGCCAGUCAACUAGCCCAAAUCGUGUCGAAUGUACAUCACCGAAAACGCAACUGUUUGAAACUUCGCAACUAUGACCAAUUUAAGUACGUCUCAAAUAUGUCUACAUGCGUGCUAGUUAAAAGCAAUCAAAACUCAGUUGGUUUAUAUGGGUUGGGUAUCUUCGUGGAGUCACAGUUUGAGCCAGUCGAAGGUACAACAUUGGAGUUGAAGGUGCAGGUCGAAUAUUUUGGUGUUUCAAAUGCUUUGGUUAAACAAUAUUCAACUGUAAAAAAUGUUCCUGUGACAAGUGAAUUGCGCAUCGAAAGGAUCUUUUUCGAAAAAUUCAUCAUCGAUUCGCUGCGUUACUGCAAGAUACAUGUGAGCUUAUAUAAUUCUAAUGCUCGUUUGCAAACGUUCUGCUUGAAUGCAUUUCGAUCGGUUGGCGGCACGUUGUACGUCGAAGAUUACAAUGCGUCAAAUGAAACAAAUUCGACUUAUUCCUACGACCAGAUCCCGAAACAAUUGACUUAUAACAAUUGCAUAGCAUAUUUGAUGUACAAGAAUUUGGCCGCAACGACCAUUACUUAGUGAAAUGCCCGUAUGAUUUGUAGACUGUGUGUUUUUUAUUUAAUAAAAAUCAGUAAGCAUAUAUUUUGUGAGGGAAAAUUGAAUUUAAUAAAAAUGAAGUUGAUGGUAUCAAAACUGAUGU